UUUUUUUUAUCUUGAGCAUUGAUCCAUGCAAAUGAACGGCUAGACGCUUAUGAUGUAGUGAUAGACAUCAGAAGAUAAAUUGAACUUCUUUGUUAAAAAAUUACAGCAUUUACCAACGAAGGAUGAAAUAAAGUCUUCGUCUACAGAUAGACUAUCAUUUACCCUUACAGCAAUAGGGAGUCACUGUUUAAACUACAAAAACCAUGUUGACCUGUCAAAUUUUUUUUUUCUUUUUUCUUUUUUUUUUCUAUAGUAUGGCUUUAUUAGAGACAUUACAACAACCACAAGAACCUAUACCCACUAUCACACCACCCGAGAAGAAAGGCCUAUUCGAAAGCGUUACUUCGAACCCUUUGUUCUCGGCAGGUUUUGGAUUGAUAGGUGUAGGAGCAGGACUUUCUCUUUUACGUAAAGGAACUACAUUAGGUGCCAGUGCACUACGACGACGAUUGCUCGUCACACUCGAGAUCCCCUCCAAGGACAAAUCGUAUCUAUGGUUCUUGCAAUGGAUGUCACAAAAUGCACCUAAGCGACAUGUACAACACUUGGCUGUCGAAACGAGUUAUAAACAACACGAUAAUGGUAGUGUGACGACUAAAUUUGGCCUUGUUCCAGGCCCUGGCACACAUUUCUUCAAGUAUCGCAAUAUUUGGAUGCAAGUCCAACGUCAAAGGGAUGGCAAAAUGAUGGAUUUGACGACGGGAUCGCCAUGGGAAACGAUCACCAUCACCACAUUAAGCCGAGAUCGAGGUAUUUUCAAGACAUUGUUGCAUGAGGCUCAAGAGAUGGCACUUAAGAAACAAGAGGGCAAGACGGUAUUAUAUACAUCUUAUGGUCCUGAAUGGAGACCAUUUGGUAUGCCUAGAAGAAGACGUAUGCUAGACUCUGUUAUUUUAGAUAAAGGCAUUAAAGACAGAAUCGUAAAGGAUGUCAAGGCAUUUAUUAGUAACGGUAAAUGGUACAACGAAAGAGGUAUUCCUUAUAGAAGAGGGUAUUUGUUAUAUGGUCCUCCUGGAUCAGGCAAAAGUAGUUUUAUUCAAGCCUUGGCUGGUGAAUUGGAAUACAAUAUUUGUAUUUUGAAUUUAUCAGAAAGAGGAUUGACAGAUGACCGAUUAAACCAUUUACUAAGCAAUGUUCCCGAGCGUAGUAUUAUGUUGUUGGAAGAUAUUGAUGCAGCCUUUACAAAGCGAGCUCAAUCAGACAACCAAGGCUAUCAAUCCAUGAUUACCUUCAGCGGUCUCUUAAACGCACUUGACGGUGUAGCAUCAGCAGAAGAACGUAUUGUCUUCUUAACGACCAAUCAUGUAGAGAGCCUAGAUCCAGCCUUGAUUCGACCCGGCAGAGUGGAUCUAAAAGAAUAUCUCGGAAAUGCUACAGAAUACCAAAUUCGCAAGAUGUUUUUACGAUUCUAUGAUGAUAAGCAAUUAGCAGAAGCCUUUAUCAAAAAGACACAUGGCAAGAAUAUCAGUACAGCCAGUCUACAAGGACAUUUUGUGUAUUAUAAAGAUAGACCACACGAAGCUGUUGAACAAGCUGAUUCUUUAUGGAAGUCAUUGUGACACUUUUUAGAAUAAAAAAUCAUCAUGCAUCAAGCUUAGAG